AUGGCCUCAGCACGGUUACAGCGUCUCCAAAGGUUUGUCCAAGUAGACCUCGAUACCCUGCCAGACCGCCCUACCUCUCCACGACGUGAGUCCAAGCCAGAGCCCGAACCUAAUCAUGCCAACAGCAACUCCUCUGGCGGUGUAUCGCUCAGAAACAUGCCUCCAGAUUCGCCUGCCAGCAAACAGAUCUCACCCAAUUGGACUGUUGCAGCUAUAAAGACACCGCCUACCGAGAACACAGAACGCCGAUUCGUUUGGAUUAAAGACGCUUACAGCUCCUUCAACCCAAACCUGGACUCGAUGCGGCCAGCCACCUCUCAAGCUCCAGCACCUCGUACUGAUGCUGCUGGGCUUCCAGUGUCCGAUCUCCAACGUGGCGACCUAGCCUCACCUCGCCAUCACUUCACCCCAAUCCAGGCACUGGCAAAGUAUCCCUACAAGUACUGCAACAAGAUCCAUAUGCAGGACAUUGCUUCUGCUUUCUUCGACCAAGGAAAAUUCUGGCAGCGAGAGUGGGAUCUAUACUACAUCUGGGACAUUGAAGAGACUUCCAGGCCUUUCGGCCUACUCGUGCAUUUUCCUGACCACCCACGCUGCCUGCCUCGUUAUCUCGGCCGCUCCCAGUCGCGCGAGGACGUUGACAGCAUGGCCGAAAACGCCCCCAAUAAUACUUUCCGUGCAGCGGGAGAAGCUUCCCAUCCACCACUGGAAUCACAAACUCUGGAACGGUUCAGGCAACUGAUGGCGAAUUUGGCAGAAGCACAAAAGGCGAAGAGCAAGGCAAACAAGCAAAAGAAGCAAGAGGACCGCAUGGCUAAAAACAAGUCAAUGCAAGAUCAGUUCAAGCGUGCCGGGAGGUAUCUCGGUGUUCGUGGCUCAAUCCAGGCUUCGUCUUCAUCUUCCUCCUAUCCGGCGAUCGACCCCUCCAUGCCAGUUCCUUUCCCUUUUGAUCAGGAUGUCGUUUUUGUGUGCGUCGAUGUUGAAUCGUACGAAAGAGCCCAUCACAAGAUCACCGAAGUAGGAGUAGCUACACUGGAUACUCGGGAGCUCAUCGGUGUUCCACCCGGUGAAAACGGUGCGGCAUGGAGGAACAAGAUCCGAGCCCGUCACUUCCGCAUCAACGAAUACAAGCACCUACGCAACACCGAAUUCGUCACUGGCUACCCCGACGGUUUCGAUUUCGGUGAGUCAACCUUCAUUCCCCUCAGAGAAGCUGCAGACCACGUCGCAGCCUGCUUCCAUGCCCCCUUCGGAGCCCAAGACGGAGAUGGCUUCCCCAGUCGGCAUGAUCCGACUGAGAAGCGCAACAUCAUCUUCCUCGGGCAUGAUACUCUUGGAGACGUCCGCUACCUCCAACAGCUCGGCUACGACCCCAUGAAGGUAGAACAUAUUCUUGAAGCUAUGGACACCGCAACUAUGUACAAAGUCUGGACCCGAGACCCACAGCCCACUAGCCUGGGCAGAAUCCUCUUAGCAUUCGAUAUUCCAGGCUGGAAGCUACAUAAUGCGGGUAACGAUGCCGUGUAUACCGUGCAGGCCAUGUUAGGUAUCUGUGUUAAAGAGGCGACUCUCCGUGGCUCUCCCGAAUUGGACGAUAUGCGCAAGCAAGAGAAGGAGAACAGACUCAGAGCUAGGAUCGAGGAGGCUGAGCAGAAAGCCAAGGAUGAAGCGGAAGGCUGGAGCGAUCAUGAGGCCGUUGGAGAUGGCGGCUCACCGAUUCCUCUUGCUUCUGCCAUUCCGCCAGUAUCAAAGCCAGUACAAACUAAGGCUAAACCUGUUCCGCAGUAUGAUGGCGCUGGAGAGGAUCAUAUUGGUCCGUCUCGUAGCCGUGGGGCGCUUAGUGAGGGGCACGGGCAGCGUGAGAGGGGAGACCGUGGCAGUGAUAAACAGGGAACCUCGAGCGAACAUGGUCAGGUAGACAGUGGCGGUCGUGGCCAGUCUAGUGGAAGUGAAAGAUUGAGAGGACGGGCUCGUAAUCUGGUCCCUGGCCGUGGUCGUGGUCGUGGGCGCUCGGAGUUGCCAAAGGAGGAGGCUGUUCCAAAUGUGCAGUAUCAUUGGUGA